AUGUCGGGUCGUGGUAAAGGUGGAAAGGGACUUGGAAAAGGAGGAGCGAAAAGACAUCGGAAAGUGCUUCGCGACAACAUUCAAGGUAUAACGAAACCUGCGAUCCGCCGACUUGCUCGUCGCGGUGGUGUAAAACGCAUCUCUGGUCUCAUUUAUGAGGAGACUCGCGGCGUAUUGAAAGUUUUUCUGGAGAACGUAAUACGCGAUGCUGUCACAUACACAGAACACGCUAAACGUAAGACUGUCACGGCCAUGGAUGUUGUCUAUGCUCUCAAGCGUCAAGGUCGUACUCUCUAUGGGUUUGGUGGAUGA